UAGAGUGACGGGGCCCAGAAGAAGCAAAAUACACCAUGGCGUCGCCUUCAAGGGCUUUAACAUUGAAAUGUUCUCCUUGUAUCGCCUUCUCCACCAAAACCCUUAUGGACUCCAAACCCACAACUCUCCACAGACCCUUUUCAUGUUCAAUUUCUGGGUCGCCCCCACAAGAAGCUCGUACAAGCGGCGUUCAUGAAGGCGCUAUCACAUUGCAGGAAUGGCAGGGUUGGGGCACCGCGUCUCCAGUUCCCGCCAUGGUUACCAAAAUUGUUGAGGAUUUGAAGGCUUUGGAGAAAGAUAUUGAUACCCAGAUGAGCUUUGGUGGUAGUCGUGGCAAACUUCAGGGAGAUUUCAAAGUGCAAGAGGAUAGAAAACACCGAAAAACAUAUCAGGCUUUAGGUGAUUCUGAAAAAAAGCUCCAAUUCUUUUCAGCUCGACAAAUAGCAUGUCGUUUGCUCGGAAGUAGGGGCUACCUUUGUCAAAAGUGCUGGCUUCCUUCCGAAGAAGAUUGUAUGUGCUCUAGAGUCACACAAUGCACUCUAUGGAAUAGAAUGCGGUUCUGGUUAUACAUGCAUCCCAAGGAUUUCUUGCGACAGAACAACACUGGAAAGUUGUUAUGGCAGGUAUUUGGCACUGAGGCUGCAACUUUGUGCCUCUUUGGCAUUUCCGAACAUGAAGAAAUAAUGUGGAAUGCGUUGAAGCUUGCAGGAAAAAGUAAUACUUGGUGCCUGUAUCCCAACAAAAAUGGAGUGUUAAAAUCAGUUGAGGAUGUCUUUGGCCAAGAACCGUCACCAUAUCUGGCAGGAACAGAUACUAAGUUUGACUAUGCGAAGACAGAUGAAGAUAGGACUCUGAAUUUCAUUUUGAUUGACGGAACAUGGAACAAUUCAGUUGCAAUAUUCAGUCGGCUGAAGGAUCAAGCAGCGUCAGUUUGGGGCGAUGGAGACUUUCCUUGUAUUUCCCUGGCCACUGGUACUUCUGCAAUGCACAAACUUCGGCCCCAACCAUCAUGGGAUCGGACCUGUACAGCAGGAGCGGCUAUCGGCCUCCUCUCUGAGCUGCAACUUCUUCCAGAGUUCAGCUCCGUUGGAUUAGAUAAACAGGCUGAAGCUGUAGAGGAUACUUUAGUUGUAUUAUUAGAAGCACUGACAAAUAGACGGCUUCGGAUGGGCAGGUCCAUCAGUCGCAAAGUACGACACACAAUAUGUUAACAACCAACCAAGAAAAGUUGAUGCUUGACCUGUCACCAGGAAGAUUAUAAAAUUCUGAGGUUUUCAUUUAUCGGUUCACAUCGUAUCAGAAACGAAUUUUGGAAAUCAGCAAUAGAUUGAGUAAUAUGUGCACGAGGGCUCCAACUUCGACUGCUAAGCUGCAUCAGUUUCCUACUUCUGAAAUGAUCAUCCCUUCUAGUUUCUUACCAUCAGUGAAGGAGGAUGGAGGAUUAUAUAUUUUAGGGCACCUGAUACGGUCACUGUCACACGGAAUUUAUUUACUGUUGAACUGAUCAAAUUCAAAUGAUUUUGUGGAUUAUUUUCAGAGUGAUGAAACCUAAAUGAAGAGCAGUAAAACCAAGUUCCACUUU